CCUAUAUAUUUGACCCAUCUCGCGGAAACCAUCUCCUUCGAGAGAUCAGGAGAGAGAAAAACCAGAAAGAGCGGGAGGGUUUACUCACCUUUCUCCAUUGCCGAAGCUUCGUCUUUCUCUCUCCUCUCUCCUCCGAUGGAACCUCCCUCGGAGCACGGCGGGACCCCUAUCCCCACCUCCUCACCCGCGCCGUCCGAUCACGAUCUCGAUCACGACGAGGAUCGGCCCGAUUUCUCGCCCGUCGGGUCCCCCGAGCUCACCGGUUCGGACAUUCCGUCGCCGCCGGAUCAAUCCGAGUCCGGUGCAGUCUCAGAGGAUCUCCGUCGCAGGAUUAUUAAGCAGGUGGAAUAUUACUUCGGUGACGAAAAUUUGCCUACUGACAAGUUUUUGAUGAACUAUGUUACGAAAAAUGUGGAAGGGUUUGUUCCUAUUGGAGUUAUUGCUUCUUUUAGGAAAAUGAAGAAGCUCACAAGAGAUACGGCAUUGAUUGUGGCUGCACUAAAGGAAUCUACUUUCCUUGUUGUUAGCUCCAACGGGAAAAAGGUGAAGCGACUUCAUCCUCUUCCGUUAGCUGAGAUCAAGGACCCUAUGGUAUGCACUGUAUUGGUGGAGAACCUGCCAACGGAUCAUUCGGUAGAGAACCUUCGCCAUGUGUUUGGUGAAGCUGGAAACAUAAAAAAUAUUACCAUUCGUGAACCAAAUGAUGUCAGAGAUCCUAAGAAGUGCACUAUUGCAGAGAAGCUGAUUAGCGGAAAGUUGCAUGCUCUUGUGGAGUACGACACUGUGGAGGCUGCAGAGAAAGCUGUGGCCACUUUAAACAAUGAACAAGAUUGGAGAUAUGGAUUGCGGGUCAAGCUACUUAAGAAAUUGAACAAGACAAGCCAGCAGAAGAAAAAAAUAUGGAGGGAAUCAGAGCCAGAGAGGGGCAGUUCUCAAAUAUUGGAACCAGCCGGAAAUGAGGAGAAUCACCAUACGAGUGAACAACGCGAAGAUUCACACGAUGAAGAGGAUGUGGAUCAUGUAUCAAAAGAGAAAAAUGGACACAAAGGCCACGGGACUCAAUUUUCGAGUCAUGGAAAAGAACCAUCAAAACCACCACCGGGACCUAGAAUGCCCGACGGGACCAGAGGAUUCGUGAUGGGCAGAGUUUCCGCGCCCCAGCGUCGUGCGUCUCAUUUGAUUGCCGAGGCAUCACUAGCUGCUCUUGCUUUGCGAUCGAUCGAAGGUUAUUUGAAUCAAGGGUUUGUGGGUAUGGUUUUCGCGUACGGCGUGGAGUUCUUCGUGUUCGUGCCGUGGACGAUAUAUAUCGAUUCAUUCUCGUUCUAUGACAACUGGGGGGAAAACGGUGGACCGGUUGAAUAUAUGUAUUCAUCGAGUGAUGGUGAAAGCAGUGACGGGGAAACUAUUCUUCAGCCGAUAACUGAUGUCGAUUUGCCAAUCUCAAAGGAGCGAUUUUUGCCAGCCGAUGACUCCAUAACAGUAGCUGCACACCGUCUUGCAACCCUCGGCAGAACACGGACAAAAAGAAAGACUCUCUACGGAAUCCUGAACAAUCUUGGAUUAAUCUCAUUCUCGAUAUUCCUUCUUUUACUCGUGGACCAGUGUGCAUGGAGGAUUGUGAGGUUGCCUCUAGCGCCUUUUUAUUUGACGCGGCCCUUUAUGAUAUCAAUGAUUUCAGUUUCCUGUGUGGGAUACAUUUGCGUACCGUUGUUCCAUAUGUUGAAGAUAAGGUCUAUGGUUAGGAAAAAAGGGCACAUUCGGCACCCUUCAAAGAAAGGGACCCCGACUAUGGGAGGGCUUUAUUUUGUGCCUACUGGCCUCUUAGUUGCACAAUUUGUACUAAGUUUUUCUUCCAUUGAAGUUUCGGGAGUGGCUGUAGCAACUAUAGCAUUUGCUGCAAUUGGUUUAUUGGAUGAUUACUUGAGAAUCAAGAAUAGAAAUGAUGGUCUGUGUGCUUGGGUGAGAGUUUCGUUGGAGGUAGCUGUUGGGAUGUGUUUCUCCUAUUGGCUGUACAGAACGGACGUGUCAACACCCUACGGCAUGAAAAUGGUUGUCCCCUUGCCUGCGCCUAUAGGCCUUGUUUGCCUGGGAAAAUUCUACCCAAUCUUGACCGUACUAUGUUUUGUUUCCAUGGCAAAUGGUAUGAAUAUAACCAAUGGGCUUGAUGGAUUGGCCGCGGGCACUGCUGCAUUAGCAUUUAUUGGGAUGUCCAUUGUGGUUCUUCCAAUAUGUUCCGGUGGGGCCCUUGCAGCCAUGGCCUCUUGCACGGGAAUGUUUUUGCCAUUGUUCAUUUCUUCGGGAAUAUUUCUCUUGGAAGCACUCUCGGUUAUUAUGCAGGCAUCCUUCUCCGAAACGACCAAAUACUUUCGGCUAAGGGGUUACAGGCUUUUCCGAGCGGUACCUUUACAUCACCAUCUCGAGUUAUGUGGAAUUAAAGAACCUACGAUUGUGGCCGUUUCGUAUGUUAUUGCAAGCGUGUUGAUUUUAUACGGUGCAUAUGUGGGUCUUUCUUCAGCAUAAUGAUGAACUUCUGCAAGCUAAGUUUUUGUUCAUGUGGACAUUAUUAUGUUCUUGUUUGAAAUCAGUUCU